GCUGUUUUAAACCAAUGAAAAUGUGAUGUUCUGAUUCUCUGCCACGCAGGCACAUUUCCCAUCAGCCAAUGAAAAGCGAGUAAGGAGGGCUUAAGGGAGAAGGUGUACUUUAGGAAAGAAGAUGGAUUUUCAACAACAUGGAUACCGGGGAGCAAAACCCAGAACCAGAGCAUCUCCACCUACUGGGGGUCCACUUCUUUUUGAUGACACCAGUUCUGGACCUCCACCCAUAAACAACCAAAACUACUAUGAAUCGGGUUAUAAUAUGGCUGCUGCACCAGGUGGUCAGGAUCCAGGAGUGAGCAAUGUCUUUGCUGAUCCGAUGGCCAAUGCUGCAAUGAUGUAUGGCUCAACACUUGCCAACCAAGGCAAGGAUAUUGUCAACAAAGAGAUUAGCCGAUUCAUGUCGGUGAACAAGUUGAAGUAUUUCUUUGCAGUUGAUACCAAAUAUGUUAUGAAGAAACUGUUGCUUCUCAUGUUCCCAUACACACAUCAGGACUGGGAAGUACGUUACCAUAGAGACACUCCUCUCACUCCACGUCAUGAUGUCAAUGCUCCAGAUCUCUACAUACCCACAAUGGCUUUCAUCACCUACAUUUUACUGGCUGGAAUGGCUUUAGGAAUUCAGAAACGGUUCAGUCCAGAAGUUUUAGGUUUGUGUGCAAGCACAGCUCUGGUUUGGAUCAUCAUUGAGGUUCUUGCUAUGUUGCUUAGUCUUUACUUGCUCACAGUUCACACAGACCUCUCAACAUUUGACCUUAUUGCUUACAGUGGAUACAAAUAUGUGGGGAUGAUUUUCACUCUGUUGUGUGGAUUGCUGUUUGGUAGUGACGGCUACUAUGUUGGCUUUGGUUGGUCUUCCUGUGCCCUGAUGUUUUUUAUUGUGCGUUCUUUAAAAAUGAAGAUCCUCUCUUCAGUCUCAGCGAACUCCAUGGGUGCAGGAGCAAGUGUGAAGCCCCGCUUUCGCAUGUACAUUACUGUGGCCUCUGCUGUCUUUCAGCCAAUCAUCAUUUACUGGCUCACCUCUCACUUGGUCAGGUGACCUACAGUGUAUUUGUACACAAAGGAAAUGAACUUUCAAAGAUGAAGCAAUGCUGGACUGGGAUGGCUGCAGCCCUCAGUAUUUCAGCACUGAUGCAGACAAAAAGUGACUUAAACAUGAAAUUGUGUGUGGCAUGGACAGCUAUAUCUUUUUACAUUGUCUCUUUCUGCACAGUUGUUUGCAAAUCAAAUGUUUAAAACAUUUAAAUGUUGGAAAUACUUUCACCAGUUUGCCAUCUUCACUUUGAGGAUAUUGGGAAGAAGCCUUGCUCGACAGCUCUUGUGAUUUCACCAUGCUCCUUUGGUGACUCCUUUUUGAGAGAAAUGCUAAUUUAUCUGCCUGUGUUGUGAUUUUUGUUUGAUGUGUAAUUGGGAAACACAGUCAACUCAAGUGUCCUUCGUUUUUGGUAUUCUGUGCAUGAACAACAGUGUUUUCUUUAUAGCCAAAUAAAUUCCAUAAUUUAAAAUUUU